AUGAGCAGGAAGCGGCAGUCGACUCUCAGCGACUUCUUCGCCGCAGUCAAGGCGCCGCGCACCGUGGGCGUGGAAGUCUCGCCCAACGGAGGAGCCCCCAAGAAGCUCACGCAGUGCGCGGCAGGGGUGCCAGCGGAAAUAACUGUUGACAGCAGCGACGGGGAGAACCAGAAUCCGACGCCUGUGGCUGCCAAGGCGUCGACGGAGACUCGACAGCAAGAGCAACGAAUUGCGGAUCGAGCUGCUUCUGCUGCUGCCAGCGGUGGAGCAGAUGGUGAUGCAGGUAUUGCUUGUGCUGUUGCGGUGAAAAUAGCCGGGAUUCCACAGGCAGCAGCUGCAGCGCCCGAAGGCGCUGCGUCGACACAAGCCAGGCAAGCAGCUCGAACAGGAUCAGCAGCAGCCGCAGCAGGGCCCCUUGCUGCCAUCAAGAGCUCCACCGGUGGUGUCGUCUGCCCCACAGGGCAGUUCGUCUCCUUCGAUGCGGCGGAGAAGAUGUGGAGGGAAGCCAUGGGGGACAGCUGGUAUGAAGCUCUCAAGGAGGAGCUAGCGCUUCCAUAUAUGCAGAAGUGCUUGCAGCUCGUCGCAGCUGAGAGACGCAGAUCGCCGGGGAGCAUCUUCCCUCCCGAGGACCUCGUGUUUAACGCGUUUAGGGCGACGCCGCUGGAGAAGGUCAGAGUCGUCAUUGUUGGACAGGACCCCUAUCACCAGCCUGGCCAGGCCAUGGGAUUGUGCUUUUCUGUCGCCCGUGGCGUGCGCCCCCCCCCAAGCCUCCUCAAUAUUUUCAAGGAGAUCGACUCCAGCCUGCCGGGGUCUUCGAGCUUGCCGCUGCCGCACGGCGAUCUCACUUCCUGGGCGUCUCAGGGUGUUUUUCUGCUCAACGCGAUCCUCACCGUCCGCAGAGACACGCCAAUGGCUCACAAGGAUUUUGGAUGGGAAAGGUUUACAGACAAAGUGCUGUCGGUGGUCAAUUCAAGACUUUCGGGGGUCAUCUUUCUUCUCUGGGGAAAAGCCGCCCAAAAAAAAUCGGCGGGGGUCUCUCCCUCUCGGCACUCCCUGCUAAAGGCUGGGCACCCCUCCCCCCUCGCCGUUCGCUUCUUCGCAGGCUGCGGCCACUUUGCAAAGUGCAACGAACUGCUCGUGAAAAUGGGCAAGGAGCCCAUCGACUUCAAGCUCAAGCCGUAG